AUGUCUUCAACUGACGAACCAACGCCCGAAGAACCAAGCACCCCGAAGAAGAAGAAGAAGAAGGUCGUGGUGGUCGGAGGCGGGUGGGCGGGUUUCGGGGCCGCCAAGGCGUUGACGGAGGCGGGGGAGGGGAGCUACGAGGUCACCCUUCUCGACGCCAGCCCUAACCCGGGAGGUCUCUCGGCCGGGUGGCGAACGGCGGGAGGACGCGCUGUGGAGGCCGGGAUCAAGGGGUUCUGGUGGUCUUACCCCAACAUCUACGACCUAGUGGAGAGGGAGCUCAAGAUUGAGAAUCCCUUCACGGACUGGACGAGAAGCAGCUUCUUCUCACCUGAUGGCUUGCAGGUGGAGGCUCCCGUGCUCAACCGUGAGCAGAGCUACCCUUCCCCCCUGGGCCUGUUCCUGCACACGAGGGCGCUCUUCACGUCGCUCCCGUUGGCCGACCGGGCGUCGAUGAUCCCCCUGCUGUACGCCAUCCUGGACUUCGAGCGCGACGAGGACACGUACCGCGAGUACGACAAGAUGACCGCCAGGGAGCUGUUCCGCCGGUUCGGGGUUUCCAAGAGGCUGUACGAAGAGUUCCUGAAGCCCAUCCUGCUGGUCGGUCUGUUCGCGCCUCCCGAGGAGCUCUCGGCGGGAGUCGUCUUGGGCAUGCUCUACUUCUACGUGCUCGCCCACCAGCCCGACUUCGACGUGCGGUGGUGCACCGGUUCUGUCACUGAGAAGAUCUUCGCCCCAAUGGUGGACAAGAUAAAGGGAAACGGCGGCGAAAUCCGCGGAGGCAUGUUCGUAACCGACGUGGAGGUGGGCGACGACAAGAAGGUGACAUCGGUGCUGGCGAAGAACGCCGAAGGAGAGACGGUGUCUUUCGAGGCGGAUGCCGUGGUCAUGUGCGUCAGCGUACAGGGCGUGAAGAAGCUGCUCUCGUCGUGCACGGGGCUGUCAGCGGCGAGACCCGAUCUCCGGCGAGCGAUGUCGCUCAGGAGCGUCGACGUCAUGGCGACGCGCCUCUGGUUCGACCGAAAGGUGACCGUGAAGAACCCGUCUAACGUGAUCGCCGGCUUCGAGGACUCGGUAGGCGGGACGUUCUUCCACCUCAACGACAUGCAGGACGAGUACCGGGAGAGCGAGGGCAGCGUCGUGGCGUCGGACUUCUACCACGCCUCGGAGCUGCUGCCCCUGUCGGACGAGCAGAUCGUCGAGCGGGUCCACAAGACCUACCUCUCCACCUGUGUGCCAGAGUUCAGGGACUGCAAGGUGAUUGACAGCUGGGUCGGGCGGUUUCCUCAGGCGGUGACGUGUUUCAGCCCGGGGUCGUACGUCAAUCGUCCCCUCCAAGCGGUGCGGGGCUCGAAUGUAUUCGUCGCCGGAGACUGGGUCAAGGGGGUCGAUCACGGAGCCAACGGACUCAGUCAGGAGAGGGCGUACGUGACGGGCCUGACGGCCGCCAACUACGUCAUGGAUUCUUUCCCCGGAGUGGAGGCUCGAAGAUCCCCUGUCCUCCAAACGGAGCCGGACGAGCCGCAGGUUGCGGCGGGGAAGCGCUCGAACAAGAGCGUGAGGGGGGCCUUGAGGAGACUCGGGUUGCCCGACCCCAUCCUUGAUUUCACGGUGUUCCCCAAGUUCUUCCCGUGACCUGUGCUUUCUUUUUUUUUGUCUAGAUUUCCGCCCUCCCCGAAAGCGUCGCCGCGCGUGUUGUAGUCGGUACAAUCUACUGUAGUUUCAUUUUUAUCACAUUUUUUCUGAUCUUUUUUAGCUUGUUGUCGAUAGACGGUUGGUGUUGGUCACGACAGGGGGACCUCGAUUGGCAAUCAUCGCCCACGUUGCGACCGCGGGGAGGUUGACCUUUGCCUUCUGAGGAUGAAGGGAAAGACUGGAUAGAAAUCAGGUCCGUUUUUC